GGCGCGCUGUGGCGACCCUCUGCUCCCCUGUGAACAUGGCGCUGCCAGCGGCGAGGAGCGUGCGAGCCGCCAUCCGCACCCUGCGCGUGGCCUCGGCGCCCGCCGCGCCCUGCCCUCCGCGGCCCUGGCGGCUGACGGUGGGCGCUCUCCGGACGCUGCACACGGGACCCGCUUUGCUCUCGGUGCGUAAAUUCACAGACAAACAUGAAUGGAUAACAACAGAAAAUGGUAUCGGAACAGUGGGAAUCAGCAAUUUUGCACAGGAAGCUUUGGGAGAUGUUGUUUACUGUAGUCUGCCUGAAGUUGGGACAAAAUUGAACAAAAAUGAUGAGUUUGGUGCUUUGGAAAGUGUGAAAGCUGCUAGUGAACUCUAUUCUCCUCUGUCAGGAGAAGUAACUGAAAUUAAUGAAGCUCUUGCAGAAAAUCCAGGACUUGUCAACAAAUCUUGUUAUGAAGACGGUUGGCUGAUCAAGAUGACACUGAGUAAACCUUCAGAACUAGAUGAACUAAUGAGUGAAGAAGCGUAUGAGAAAUAUGUAAAAUCCAUUGAGGAGUGAAAAUGGAACCACUAAACAAACUAGUAUUAACUUAAUCCAGCGUAGUUGUCUUAAAUUAAUGGUGGAUAGAAGACUUGAAAUAGUGACCUUUAGCAAUACUGAUGGAAAAAGAAACUAAACACUGCUACUGGAAGAAAAUACUCCUUAACUUUCUAAUGAUUGCAGAUAAACACAAUAUUAUCUUUUUCUAAUACCCUAUAAUUUUUAGGUAUUUUACUAGGCUGUAGUAUUCAGAAUUCAUGAAAUUAUCUGUGGUAAAAACUAGUUAUAAAAAUUAUGUAGU